CUUUCUUCUUUCGACGCUCAUAUGCUAUAUAUGUCUAUUUCGCUUUAAAUGUAAAAGACCUAACUGGCCGUUAGUUGUCAGAGUCAUCUUACACGAGAGUAACGAACGUUUUCUUCUAUAUUUGAAAAUAGAUAUUAUCUAUCUGUAAGUAAAAGUGGAAGAUUUCUUCAGAGAAGCAAAAUAUUUUUUGGAAGAGAAAAAAUAUGGAGCCUAUGACUCUGGGAUCACCGAUGAGUAGUCCUAUUCAAAGUCCUGGUAGUCCAGGAAGUUCUUCCCCAUAUUUGCCAAGUUUUCUCUUGGGUGAUACCAACACUCCAGCAAAGAUCAAUAUAAUGAGUCCUCAGGAUAAUCCACGCCAUUUGAAUAUCACUAAUACCAGUCUGAUGUCAUCGGUCUCUUAUGGAUCUCCAGAUUAUCGAUCCAAUCGCCAAAAAGCGGUAUUUGGAAGUACUACAACUCCUAGCACACCACAAAUGAGCACGAAGAAUCAUGCUGGAGGACCACCAACACGUGGACUGUUUGACACUCUGGAAGUUACACAUGUGUCAUUGCCCCCAGCUACAUCAAUUACGAAUCCAGUUAUUACAACCACACCUGUGAACCAAUCUAGACUCAUGAUGAGCCCAUUAACUACUUCACUGAUAUUUCCAGACAGUUCGAUAACUUUGAACACAAGCGAGUCGCAAGGUCUAUUGCAAUGGGUGACAGUAUUUGGCUUCCUGCCGACCGAUAUCAAUGCUGUUCUAUCUCAUAUCUCCAGCAGAGUUCGCAUAGUGGAGAAACAUCCAGCUCCACAGCCCCAGAGCAACUGGAUACACUUGAAGUGCGCGUCGGAACAGGAGGCACAAAAGGCUCUCGCAUGCAACGGCAGUAUUGUUUCGGGCACGAUUAUGAUUGGCAUUAUACCAUGUACAGAUGAAGGGGUCAUUCUAUGCUCGGACAAGGAAAAUCGUACCAAAUUGAAUGGAAGUAUGAGAUCGCUUUCAGCGGGUAGAAUCACUCAAUCCCCAUUCAGUGCAUCGCCUACCGCGAGACGACGGAAAUUGCGAUCAUUAGCAGCAGGAUAUAAUCAACAUUUUAGCCCGCAAGCCGCACAAUUGCCGGAGAACGUUCCACAAAAGUCGGGUAGCUUAGUUUCAAAAGCAAUGGAAUAUAUGUUUGGUUGGUAGUUGUUUUUAAUAAUUAUACGAACAUUAUCUAUGAAAUCUAAUAAAAGUUGUAUAAAAAAAGAAAUGAAAAACAAUGAAAGAACGAUAGAAUGAAGGAAUAUCAUCUUCUAGAGAUUUUUAACUGCUAACUUUUAACUUAAUAUUUAAGUGGAAUCAUUGUUGAUUUGUUAUUCUAAAAAUAAACUUUUUCAUAUAAUUUUGAAAGUUAUUGCAAUAUGGUAUAUCUACAAAGAUUGUUACUUUUGAAAAUUAAUAUGCAUGUUAUUAGAUGUUGUAUUUGUAUUCAUCUUUACAAUUAUGUAGAAUGGCUCAAGGCCUUAGUAAAUCUUUUUGCGCAAGAUAUAUAUAUUCCUAAUAAAUAAUAUUAUAUAUA